GAUAGUUGAAGUAAUUUGUAGUUGAAUUAAAGAGUAGAUGUAGGGUUUGGAAUGAUGAGCAUGGCAUGCGGCGUAGCAGCGAGGCAGAGAGAGCAGUAAUCCAAGUAAAGCGACGUCGUGAAGGCAAGGAAGGGAAAUUGGGAAUUUGAUCUCCGUCAAUGUGAUGGCUCCGAAUCCGAUGAAGCAAUCUGCGAAUUCCACUACAACUACCAUCGCUAAUAAGGAGAUUCUGGUCCGUGAAACGAUGCGUAUCAGUGCCAAUUUGGCCUCCCCCCCUCAGCCGCCGCCGCCGUCUCCCAUCGUCGGAAUUAUCUGCUGCGAAGAAAUGGACGGGCGUCGUUGGAAGUACUUGGCUGAGAGCGAUGGCUUUGGCGGAUUCAAGAAGAAUUCAUUUCUCCCUGUCAGCCUCAACUCCAACCACCCUCGCGACCCUCUCCACGAAGUCCUCUCUUUCGUUACAUCCUAUGUUGUCCCCGAAGGUUUCCCUGAUAGUGUUACUCCUUCUUAUGUCCCCUACAUGACAUGGAGGGCUCUUAAGCACUUUUUCGGUGGAGCAAUGGGCGUUUUCACCACUCAAACCCUCUUGAGUUCUGUUGGCGUCUGUAGAAACAGAGCUGCUCCUGGGGCCGUCGCCAUCAACUGGAUUCUCAAGGAUGGUGCUGGUCGUGUCGGGAAGAUGCUCUUUGCUCGUCAAGGAAAGAAAUUUGAUUAUGACCUCAAACAGCUGCGCUUCACAGGUGAUCUUCUCAUGGAGUUGGGUGCUGGAGUUGAACUCGCUACUGCUGCAGUGCCGCAUCUCUUUCUUCCAUUGGCUUGUGCUGCUAAUGUACUCAAGAAUGUUGCUGCCGUAACAUCAACCUCAACUCGCACACCAAUUUAUAAAGCCUUUGCUAAAGGAGAAAACAUAGGGGAUGUCACUGCUAAAGGAGAAUGUGUUGGCAAUAUUGCAGACCUGUUAGGAACUGGUUUGAGCAUAUUGAUUGCCAAAAGGAAUCCAUCGCUUGUCACCACAUUUUCCCUCCUUUCAUGUGGAUAUAUCCUUAGCUCUUAUAGAGAGGUAAAAUCUGUGGUUUUGCACACACUUAACUGUGGAAGAUUCAGUGUGGCAGUAGAGCAUUUUCUCAUGACAGGACAAGUUCCUACUUUGCAGGAGGGCAAUAUGAAUGAGAACAUAUUCAGUUUUCCAUGGAAAGAUAGGCCUGUUGUCCUUGGAUCAAGAAUCAAGGAAGCAUUCCAAGACCCUAGUGCAUAUGUUGCCAUAGAGCCCUUGUUUGAUAGGGAGAGAUAUAUUGUAACAUUUAACCCCUCAAAACACAAGGUUUAUGCGGUGCUCAAGGAUCAGGCAAAGUCAGAUGACAUUCUGAAAGCAGCAUUCCAUGCUCAUGUGCUAUUUUUCAGUUUGAUGAAAUCAUUGAAUGAAAAUAAGGCCUCAUCUUUGAAGCAAAGGGAGGAUCUCUCAAACAUGACACACACAGUUGCUGAUAUCGAGGCUCGUAUAGCUGGUACUUGCAAGACCGUGGCAGAUUCUUAUGGGUGUUUCAAGAAUAAAGCUAAGGAGCAAGGUUGGACGAUGUCAGAAUCACAUCUAAAUCCUGGUCGAGCAAGGUUUUAUCCAGUUGAUAAUAGAUGAUAUUCUCAUAUUCUCAGCUGGCUGCUGCUAGGUUUUGAGUGUCAAAGUUCUUGGGACUGCUCUGGAUGUGAAAUGAGUCAGGCAACUGAAGCUUAAAAUCACCACGAUGCAAUGAGAACAUACAAUGCUCAUGGAAUCGUAGUAACAUCCUUGAUCCUCACAAAAGCCAAGUGAACUUUUUGCGGAUGCUGUGCAUGGAUGGCCUUUAACAUGAUUGAUAUAGUUAUAGCAGUUCUUAGCAUGACUACAUGACCACUUGAAAUAUCAAUGCUCUUCUUUUUUCUCGAUAGAAAAUUACCAACGUGUGACUCUGUUCUUUCUAUUGUCUUAGUUUUGUUCUUUAUUCUUUUUGCAGUGGGAAUUACUCUGUAGUAUAAGCUUUUCAAUUUCAAUUUUGCAGCCGAGUUCAAGAACUUGUUGCACGUGUAUCAGUGCAAUUUCCAUUUCGCAUUCUUGUAGUUUUAUUUGUGCAAUAUGUUUGAUUAAGCUAGGUCCAAAGUAUUUUGUAAUUUUUUUUUCCUCGAAGCAGAAAGCAUAAAGAAUCAUACUGUUUUGUUUGGUUUAAAUUUGUAAGCUUGAUUUCAAAGUAAAGGACUUUGAUUGUAUGAA